GGGUAAUUACAGUGCCACCAUAAUUAAAGUACCAUGUGAGCUCAUAAUUAUAGCACUUUAAUAUUAUCGUUUAUACAGUACAGGUACAGCUAGCUAGCUACAGUAAAACCUGUUCCAAUGACCACUCUGAUCAUUACUAUCCCUAUGCUGAUGUUUUUCACCUCCACCACUUCACACGUUAAUUUGAGACGAGUGGUCUAUAAUAAAGGCCGCGAUUCAUUAUGUUGUGUACAUGAUGUCAGUGGCAAUAUUAUAUUUAUGUACAUAUUUAUAUGUGUAGAAUUGGAUUAGCAACUACAAGAGAUCUCAGCGCAAAGGCGAUAGCCCAAGAGUAGGGAUUGCAAGCAGUGACAUUCCUGGUGGUCCAGGACCACUAAAGAAAGGCAGAUUCUUAUCAAUCCCCAAUGCAUAUAAUGUGCAUGUUGCAGAAUUCCUCAAGUCUGAAAAUGCUCUUGCCCUGCCUACAACCAAAGAGAAAUACUCAGCAGCCGCAGAGAAAUGGCGAUCUAUGUCAGAGGAGGAAAAAGCAAACUGUAAAGAACGAAUCGGAGAAUAUUCAAAAAGCAAAGAAGUGACGUGGCCAAAGAUUCAGAAAGUGAUGAGACAGAUGAAUUCUGGGGCACAAUCACUAAGUGAUGCGGCGGGAGUUGAGACAGUAACGCUACAUUUUCAUAAAGGGGAGGUGUUUACUGGAGGAAGUGAAAGAGGCGUACAGUAUCUGAAAGAGCAUCCAGUAGUGGAACUCUCGUUUACAUCUUACUUUUAUGAAAAAUCUGCCGAGGAAGAACUUCCUGAGUCCACUCAAAGAGCUACUUCUAAAAAGUUGGUUGAACAAGUGAAGAAUAUUUUCCAGCAGAAAUAUGCUAUCUCUACGGGCCAUAUCGGAGAUGUUCCAUAUGACAGUGAAGACAUUGUAGUGAACCUGAAGGGCCUACCAACGAAUAUAGAGUUCAAAAGACCCUCGCUGUAUGGAGUAAGGCAGCUUCAAACGAUCAUAUCAAAUAAAUCAAAGUUUGAAAUGCACGUACGGAGUGUGCACACAGCGCUAAGGGAACAUAACUACCAACAACCCGGUGCCGUAGAAACUCAAGACUGAUAUGCUCCAGAUAUAUAUAUAUAUAUAUAUAGCUAAUAGUCACCGUCUGUACUCGAUCAUGGUAAAA